AUGAAGGUAAUAUCAUUAGGCAUAAUUUCCUCAAUAAUAUUUAGUAUAGUUUUAGCAAAAAAGAGUUUGGAUUCAGAGUCCACCACGGGGUGCGUAAUAUACGAAAAAACGACAAAAAUAGAUCAUAUUAAAACAUCAGUUCAAGAUGUGAAACCCUUUAACUCUAACAUUCCAGGUAUCAAUUUUAUAGAUGAAUUCGAACCAAUAACGUUAGAACCUCCAAAAGGACGUAAAAGUAUGUUAUCUGAACCCUUUAUCUCAGAAACCGAUGGUACUGUUACUGAUAAAGUGACAGGAUUUUUAAUUAGAGAAAAAAAUUCUAGUGUAUCAGGAUGGUAUAUUAGACCAUAUGAAGAAGAUUAUAAAGAUAUGAUUAUGGUUAAUUUUGUGCCUCUUAGGGGAUAUUAUCAACACGAACAACAGAACGUACAUAAUCAAUAUGGGGUCUCUCCUUCAGUACCUAAGAUGUCUGAAAAACAAAAAUUAAGUACAAUAAAUGAAGAGAUCUCAAAUACGGUACAUGAUGAUGACGAAAGCACGAUACUUGGGGAUGACGACUUUACUCUAAAUGUAUAUGAAGAAAUAGAUGCAGAACUUGUAUCAUGUUUCGGAGAUGAAGAAAAUAGAAAUGAAUAG